AUGAAUUCGCGGUCAUCAUUCACCGACCUCUCUGAUGCUGACCCCGUUGACGACACCUCUCGGGCAGACCGCAAAGAGCAUCGGCGGAGCUGGAGGUUUCCUCGGUCGUCCAAACGGAGUAAUGAGCAAAUCGGACUCGGACUAGGAUCGCCGCCACUCUUGGCUUCGAACCCGGGAGCGGAUCGCAGUACAAGCUCGUUUGGCAGCUGGCAUCACUCGAGUAAAAGCUCGCCGUCCGAUCUCCAGCAGUUCGCCAGCGAGCACUCAUUUCAGCCGCUUAGCCUGGACGCUGAAGUGAAUAACAAUAACAAGGACUCAUCCGAGCCGGAGAAGCGCAGCCUAUUCGGAAAAUUUAAGGCCAAGGUUGCGCAGGUUCGGGAUGGAGUUAUGGACAGUGAAAGGGAUCGGACUAGGAGUCCUCCCGUACCUUCAGACCCAGAGAGAUCUACCUCCAGCCAGACGCUCUCUCCCGCCCCUAAGGAGAGUAGUCACGUACGGCCGGCGCCACCGGCGCCAAUUGAUGUGACAAGAGAGUUCAAGGAGAUCCACAGCACGCCAGUAUCCCCGCUCCCUGGGUCAGGUAUGCCGCCGGCAAUCCCAGAAGAACCGCGCACUCCGGACAGCCCUGCUGCACCCGUUGAGCUGGAGGUGAAGAAGGAGAACGGGGCGGUGCAAACGGGAUCUGCGGCGAACCUCCCUACUUUUGAGUCUCACCAGGGAGACAACGAGACCUCACAGUUCCUUGGAAACUAG